UGGCUGCCAUAGGUACAGAACUGAAGAUGCUUACUCCUCCCGAGACACUGAUAGCUCUCCUGAUCCUGCUGGCUAUUCCAAGUGCUGUGAAAACUCAGGUCAAUCCAGCUGUCUGCCGCUACCCAUUGGGCAUGUCAGGUGGGCACAUCCCCGAUGAGGACAUUACUGCUUCUAGUCAAUGGUCUGAAUCCACAGCAGCUAAGUAUGGAAGGCUAGGCUCAGAAGAAGGAGAUGGUGCAUGGUGCCCUGAGAUCCCCGUGGAACCAGAUGACCUCAAGGAGUUCCUGGAGAUUGAUUUACAUGCCCUGCACUUCAUCACCCUGGUAGGGACCCAAGGCCGUCAUGCAGGAGGUCACGGCAAUGAAUUUGCACCAAUGUACAAAAUUAAUUACAGCCGGGAUGGCACCCGCUGGAUAUCUUGGCGGAACAGGCAUGGAAAGCAGGUGCUUGAUGGAAACACCAACCCAUACGAUAUUGUCCUCAAGGACUUGGAGCCACCCAUCAUUGGUCGAUUCAUCCGCUUUAUUCCUGUGACUGACCAUUCCACAAAUGUCUGUCUCAGGGUGGAGCUGUAUGGUUGUGUCUGGCUAGAUGGGCUGGUUUCCUACAGUGCUCCUGCAGGGCAGCAGCUGGCUCUACCUGGUGGCACCGUGAUUUACCUGAAUGAUUCAAUCUACGACGGGUACAGCAUGACGGAAGGACUAGGCCAGCUGACAGAUGGGGUUUCAGGCCUGGAUGAUUUUAGCCAAACCCAUGAAUACCAUGUAUGGCCUGGUUAUGACUAUGUUGGCUGGCGCAAUGAGAGCACUACCAACGGCUAUGUGGAAAUUGUCUUCGAAUUUGACCGGAUCAGAAACUUCACCACCAUGAAGGUUCACUGCAACAAUAUGUUUGCCAAGGGAGUGAAGAUUUUCAAGGAGGUGCAGUGCCACUUCCGCUCUGAUGCAAAUGAGUGGGAGCCGAACGCCAUCUCCUCAGUGCUGGUGUUAGAUGACGUGAACCCCAGUGCCCGCUUUGUCACAGUGCCCCUUCUCCAUCACAUGGCCAGUGCCAUCAAAUGCCAAUUCUACUUUGCUGACACCUGGAUGAUGUUCAGUGAGAUCACCUUCCAGUCAGACGCAGCCAUGUACAAUAAUUCUGGAGCCCUACCUGAUUCUUCAGUGACUCCUACUACUUAUGAUCCAACCCUCAAAGUGGAUGACAGUAAUACUCGCAUCUUGAUUGGCUGCCUAGUGGCCAUCAUUUUCAUCCUGGUGGCCAUCAUUGUAAUCAUACUCUGGAGACAGUUUUGGCAGAAGAUGUUGGAAAAGGCCUCUCGCCGGAUGCUGGAUGAUGAAAUGACCGUCAGCCUCUCUCUGCCCAGUGAGUCCAGCAUGUUCAACCAUAACCGCUCCACAUCAUCCAGUGAGCGAGAAUCAAACUCCACUUACGACCGCAUAUUCCCACUGGCUCCAGACUACCAGGAGCCUUCUCGACUCAUCCGCAAGUUACCUGAAUUCACCCCAGGGGAGCAUGAGGCAGGUUGCAGUGGGUCUGCCAAGCCAGCCCAGCCUGGUGCGGCUGAAGGAGUUCCCCAUUAUGCGGAGGCAGACAUUGUGAACCUGCAGGGGGUGACAGGCAGCAACACCUACUCUGUCCCUGCAAUCACCAUGGACUUGCUGUCCGGCAAAGAUGUGGCUGUGGCCGAGUUUCCUCGAAAGCUGCUGACUUUCAAGGAGAAGCUGGGAGAAGGCCAGUUUGGAGAGGUCCACCUGUGUGAAGUGGAAGGAGGGAUGGAGCAGUUUGUGGAGAAGGAUUUUGUUCCGGAUGGCAACACUAGCCAACCUGUCCUCCUGGCUGUGAAGAUGCUGAGAGCUGAUGCCAACAAGAAUGCCAGGAAUGACUUCCUGAAGGAGAUAAAGAUUAUGUCCAGGUUGAAGGACCCCAACAUCAUCAGGCUGCUGGCCGUGUGCAUCACCGACGACCCCCUCUGCAUGAUCACCGAGUACAUGGAGAAUGGUGAUCUCAACCAAUUCCUGUUUCGCCAGGAGCCCCAGAGCUUGUCCGAGUGCUCCACCCCUUCUGUCAGCUAUGCCAACCUGAAAUUAAUUGCCACGCAGAUUGCUUCUGGCAUGAAGUAUCUGUCCUCCCUGAAUUUUGUCCACCGCGAUCUGGCUACACGCAACUGCCUGGUAGGGAAGAAUUACACAAUCAAGAUUGCUGACUUUGGCAUGAGCCGGAACCUCUACAGUGGAGACUACUACAGGAUCCAGGGCCGGGCCGUGCUCCCCAUUCGCUGGAUGUCCUGGGAGAGCAUCCUUUUGGGCAAGUUCACCACAGCAAGUGACGUGUGGGCAUUUGGCGUGACACUCUGGGAGACUUUCACCUUUUGCCGUGAGCAGCCAUAUUCUCAGCUCUCAGAUGAACAAGUCAUUGAGAACACAGGAGAGUUCUUUAGGGAUCAGGGGCGGCAGACCUACCUUCCACAGCCUGCCUGUUGUCCUGAUCCUGUAUAUAAGCUAAUGCUCAGCUGCUGGAGACGAGACACCAAAAACCGACCCUCCUUCCAGGAAAUCCAUUGCCUCCUCCAAGAAGCAACCACUUUGUAGUGAUGCCUUUCCUUCAUGCCCUAAAUACUCUGGACCGUCCCAUCCCAUCUGCCCUCAAAAACUUACACAUAGAACUGAAGCCACUUCACCUGGACUCGCGAUUUCUUUCAGUAGCGGAGUUGGGACUUUCUUUAUCAGCCACCAAAGGAAAGGAAAGGAGAAAGAUGGGAUCUGACCAGGUCUACCACACAACCUCAUUCAAGGUGCUAUACUUUGGAUUGGCAAAGACUGGGGGAAGGGAGGCUAUUUAUCUUGUAAUGUCAUAGGUUCCGUUUAUGAAUGGGUUUUGUCUGUGAUGGGAAGAGGAAAACACGAACUCUCAUUUUCCUCUGAGGGAAGAACUUGAGAUGUAGUCUGACUACACAGACUUGAGGUGGGAAUAGGCACACACACACACACACACACACACACACAC